AUGGAUAACCAAGCUGCACCCAUACCCCUUGCGACCCUAUCAAUCAGAGAUUCCCCCGAGAUCCAGUCAGUCGUCGCAAAAGACAAUGUUCUCCUGCGAGGUAAGCAGCUCGACAUCAAGGACAGCAAAGAGCACCUCUCGACCCUCUUCAUCAGCUUGGACGUUAACAUAGCUGCGCUGUGUGCAUCAGCGACGUCGCUAGUGGAGAAAAAAUGCAUCGCAGCAUAUCGGUCCAAAAUCCAGGGCGGCCAGCAUUUCGUUGGUAGACAGUCUCCUGUACCCAUAGUGGCGGCUGACCCGCCUACAGCUCAUCCUGCUGGAGGGGAGAAAACACGCGGGAAUGAGAAACCGCUGUGGAUGAGGCGGCGGAGCCAGAUGAUCCUUUCCGAGGCCGCAACGCUGGAGUUCCUCUGCAAGCGCGUCAAGUCCAUUCCAGUGCCCCGAGUGUAUGGGUACGAUUUGGACGAGCACUGCCGCAUAGGCGCUGCGUACCUCCUCCUGAGCAUUAUGCCGGGUCGCUCGUUGGACGAUGUUUGGCCAAACCUGUCACAAAGGCAGAAGAUGGAAAACACCAUCCCCGAGCUCGCCAGAAUACUCUCCGAUCUUAGCAAUAAUCCCGUCGGAGAAUGUGGUAGUAUCUACCACGGUGCAGAUGGAACCUUCACCUUCGGGCCCUUCGGAACCGCUCAGGACUACCUUACCGCCCUGGUCGAGGGGCAAGAUUUGGAGGAGCCGCCAGCGGAGGUAGAUCAUGCGGGACACCACGCUGCCGUGACCAUGAUUGCCCAGCGAACCCGUGAUGUAAAAUGGGAGGAAAAUCAUGUCUUGGUCUAUCCUGAUUGGGAACAUGUCAAUAUCCUGAUCGACGAGGAAGGACAUGUUAUAGGAGUCAUCGACUGGACCGGGGCAACCGCCUUACCAACCCUGACAGCCACACCAAAGUUGCCCCACGGUUUGUUGGAUACGGACGGGAUGUUUGAACGGGCUUUGGAGGAGGCGUUCUACAAUCAGCAGCCCGAGCCGUGUGCGUGCAAGGCUGAGGCCGAACGUCUGCGCCUCUACUGGACGAUCGCGAUUCUUGGCAGGCCGCUGAAGAGGGAAGAAGCGGAAUAUAUGAGGCGCCAUUCGGGUGGGAAGGUAGCCAUUGAGGAGUUCUGUUUGGACAGUGAGGUGCAUACUAUUUGA